UGAGAAAUAAAUUCCAAAUCCCCUUUUUCAAUCAACUAAUCCUUUUGAUUCCUUCUUGCCAUCUCAAGUGUUCUUUCGGGAGAUUUCUUUCUGCUAACCAAGAAAGAGGAGUCCAAGCAAAGCUCCCUUUCUUUUUCUUUUAAAAAGCUUUCGGGAUUAAUAAGAGAAUUUAGCUGAAAAAAACGGAGGGAGACGUUGUCCCUCAGGACCAGACCAAUAUUUAGGGCAUCCCCUCGUGUCACUCCCCUUAUCGUUAGAUUAUAAAAGGUUUGUGUCUGGAGAUUGAUAUCACGUUUCUUUCUCUCUACUUAAUGGGUGUCUUUGGAUCUCUGCAUUUCCCCCAAUCCAAUGGCUGACAUGAGCGCCACUCUUUGUGGCCCCUUUUGAGGGUUUGUUCCAGAAAAAGCUUAUUUGGACCCCCAUGUGUUUAGAAUACUUGUACACGCACACAUUCAUAGAUGAUAUGAGUAAAAUAUCAGAGGGAAUGUUUUUGUGCUGAUGGGAAUGUGUGUAUAUUAGUUGUAAUUUGUGUAAGAUAGACUGACUCACUCAUUCAGGUGUGUGUGUUCAAUUCAAAGCUUUGAGAAAGAUAUAUACUUGUUGAGUGGGAGAAAGCAAAGCUGCUUUUAGGAACUUGAACCAAGUGGGAAGCUAGUUCAGGUUGGCAGUCAAAUUCACCAAGGCUCAAAAUCUUGAAUUUGCACUCCCAAAGCUCAGUUCUCAUUGGCCUUUAAGAUCUGCUUUCUUCUGCACCGGGGUCUCAGUCUGUCAAGCAAUCUCCCACUGAGUUUUUUUUCUGCCAGCUUUUGGUUUUUCCAAAAGCCAAUAAUACAGCUUCCUACUCAUCCAAGGAGUGAAAGAGCUUCGAGCUUUGCCUCCUUGUUUCCCUGAAAAUGAAGCUAUUCAGUUGGGUGCAGAACAAGCUAAGUGGUCCAAAAGGGAAUGCAAAACCAGAACCAGUACCCGCCAGUAAAUAUCAUCCUGUGAAACAAGAACCUAGAGAAGAAUUCAGCGACUGGCCACAGGGAUUGCUGGCAAUUGGAACCUUUGGGAACAGUGAUCUAGGAGAAAACCAAGGAAGCCAAAACAAUCUUCAGGGACAUAACGAAGAAAGCCAAAACAAUCUUCAGGGACAUAACGAAGACAGCCAAAACAAUGAUCAGGAAAAUCCGGCUUCCUCACCCGAUAUAUCAGACUUCACCCCUGAAGAAGUUGGGAAAUUACAGAAAGCUUUGACCAAACUCUUAUCCCGGAAGCCUUCCUCUAAAGUUGAAAGAGAAACCACAGAUCUGCCACUGGACAGGUUCCUAAACUGCCCAUCAAGCUUGGAGGUCGACAGGCGGAUUAGUAGUUCCUUGUGCAGCAAGCCAGGGGAUAGGGAUGAGGAUAUUGAGAGGACUAUAAGUAUUAUCAUUGGUAAAUGUAAGGAGAUCUGUGCAGAUAAUGGCAAGAAAGCAAUCGGGAAAAAGUCCAUUUCGUUCCUUCUUAAGAAGAUGUUCGUUUGCAGAAGCGGAUUUGCACCGGCGACUAGCUUGAGAGAUCCGCUCCCCGAGUCAAGAAUGGAGAAGCUUCUGAGGACAUUAAUUCGCAAGAAAAUGUACCCGCAAAAUACUUCUCGGGCAUCGUCGAUGAAAAGGUACUUAGAGGACAAGCCGAUCUUGAGAGCAGAGAAAGAAAAGCAGGAGGAAGCAGAUGAAGGCUCUAAAUGGGACAAGACAGAUUCUGAAUAUAUUGUCCUUGAGAUUUGAUCUACUUGCCAUCUGCUACAGAAAUACACUACAAGAUUCAUUUUUCAUCACUUAGUUUUUGCGGCUCAUAUUCCUUAGCUGGGACCUCGGACAUGGAGAAGCUGUUGAUAUAUCUUUGAAACGAAGUCGUCAAUAAGUUCAUCUGAGGAUCUAAGUUGGCUCAUAUGAAGGAUCAGGAAAGAGUUGCUUUCAAUUAGUUGGACUGUGCUAAAUUCCAAAAUUUCUCCCCUUUUUUUCAUGGUUGUUUCUGUUGGUCAGUCUCAACACAUGUUAAUGGACAUAUCUCCUAUGGAUUAUCUGUAGUGCAUAUUCUGGCAAAGCUGGACACAAUCCACAAUUUCCCAUCUUUCUUACUGUUAUUCUCUUUUCUCUUGACCAUUUCUCGUUUUUGUAAAGUCUGUAAAAUAGUAAGAAAUAUUAUAAACAUCUUUGAAAUAAUCUACCUGACAGUUCUUCUUUCAAGAGGGAAAAGGACUAA